AUGAAUGCAGUUUCUAGAUUUUCUAUUCUGAGUGCUAAUUCUGUCAGUCCUAGACCUGCGUCCCAAAAUUCCCACACCCCAGUUGUUGACACGAGUCAAUUGGAGACUGACAGUAUUGGUAACAUUAACAAAAUCGAACACGUCGCUCAACAAAAUAGCUGGUUAUCUUGGCUUAACUUUCUGGGUCCGAACCCAGCAGAAUAUGAAAAUGAUACUGAAAACAAGCACGAUCUAGAAGCUUUCCGAGAAGCAAAACUGGCUAUAGAAACCAGUAAAGAUGCGUGUCAUUAUGCCAUCUCCAAACUUCACGGAUCAAGUAGCGUGUCUUUGGCUGUACAUGGUACAAUCACAGAAAGCACACCUGUGAACUUCAACGAGAAAAAACAACCUAUCAUGCCUCAUCAGCUUCUCGAGAACGCAAUCCCAGAUCCAAGACCAUCGAAAUUUUCAGAGACACAAAGCGACCAAGCUAAAAAAUCAACCCUCAGCUUAAUUCCCGUUUCACCGGAUCUUGACUCAAAUCUUAGAGUCAUUACUUUGUCUACCAAGAUAAGGUUAUGGGGCGAGGCGAUUAUACAUAAGGAGAUUGUUCCAGGAACUCAUAUUUACAAGUCGACUCGCCCGUCUGUGGAAAGAAAACGAAAGAAGGUUGUCAAAAGGGCUCUUGUCAUCUCUGUGCAUAGCUUCUUGCCCACAAAAUUUGUCAGGUCAGUGAUAUCCCAGAGCACCGGAAGUGCAUCUAUAAUGGCUGAAAACGCUGUCAACGCCGUACAUCGUUGGGCCAACGACGAUGGUGAACACGAACUUCAAGUGCAAUCAAUAGCUCUUGAUGGCAUUGGAACCAUCGGUUCUAGAGUAGACAACUCACUCCACCUACUCCAAAACUGGGCAGAUGAAGUCAAGAAUGCGGAGUUCAUUUUUAUGGUCUCAAACUCUACUGCUAGUCCCGUGGCACUUCAAAUACUACAGCACAUGGCUAAAACUUCUAGCUUUGGGUUAGAACACAAGAAGGUAGGGUUCCUAAGCAUGUCAGGGGCUUUGCAGGGUCGUGUUUCCGGGCUAGAUAUGAAAGUCAUAAGAAGGGCUUAUACUUGCUAUGAGUAUGACAUCAUCAUGGAAUUAUUCGAGCUUCAAAAAAGCAGUUCUCAUUUAAGCAGGAAGUUAACUGAAAGCAUGAAUGAUCUAUGCCAAUAUAAUGUCAAAUUGGCAUUGAUUGGUUCUGUUGAUGACAAGUUCAUUCCAAUCGCUUCCUCUGUCUCCUACCAAACAAGUCAUCCCAAUAUUUAUAAGGGUCUCUACAUUGAUGAAGAUGUAGAGGUACCAGAAUUUUUGAUCCGACUCAUGUCCAUGAUUCUUACAAUGGAAAAUGUCGGAUAUGCAGAUCACUAUCAACUUCUCAAAGAUUUACUGGAGUUGUCACAAGGGCCUUUGGGAGUGUGCGCUACCCAUGGAGAGAUUUUCAAAUGCCCCGGUGUGUAUGAUGUUGGGGUCAAAUUUGCUUUAGAGACUACAAGUCUCAAGUUGCGCAAGAAUGCGGUAUUCAAACAGUUCAAGUCAUACGGCGCUAAUACAGAGCGCAACUUAUACCAUUUACCUUGGAAUGUACGCGGGUUAAUUAAUGACUUACUAAAAACCAAACACAUAAAAAGCAUGAAACUUCUAAAAGAAUUAGUGAGUGAGUACAGAAAAUGGGAUCCCUCCACCCGCCCUUGGCGCGAGAUAAAACAGUGUUUUGCUGCUUUUGAAGAGAGCAAUCCAGAGGACUUGAUGAUGUGA